AUGGGUGGGAAGACGGCUUCGCCGGUGAAAGAAGUGGUCAGCCUCAUUGACCAGGGGAAGAUGAGAAUAGAGCACGAGAAUGGAAAUAGAAUGCUGCCAAAGGUUGUUACAGACCCUGCCGUUAUUCAGGAGAUGUGCUCACCGUGGCGAGAGGCCUUGGUGAUUUCCCUUCUAGGAAAACGCUUGGGUUUUAGGACCAUGAAAGCCCGGCUUGCGUCAGUAUGGAGACUGGUUGGAGAUUUUGAUUUACUGGAUAUCGAUAAAGGGUUCUAUAUGGUCAAAUUUGACAUUGCUGCUGACAGAGCCAAGGUUAUGGAGGGAGGUCCAUGGAUGAUCUUUGAUCACUAUCUGGCAGUAGCUACAUGGAGCAAAGAGUUUCUCUCCCCUUUGGCUAGGGUUACGAAGACGCUAGCGUGGAUUCGUAUCCCUGGGUUGAACGUUGUUUUCUAUGAUGAGAGUUACCUCCUUGGUGUGGCUUCUGCAGUUGGGAGGCCUGUUAGAGUUGAUUCUAAUACUCUUCGGGCAGAGAGAGGAAAGUUUGCUCGAAUCUGUGUGGAGCUUGACCUCACCCUUCCAGUUAUCGGCAAAGUUUGUAUCGAAGGUCAUUGGCAUAGGAUCGAGUACGAGGGAUUACAUGUUAUCUGCACGAGCUGUGGGUGCUAUGGCCACCGAGCCAGGGAGUGUAAGGCGGCACCAUUGGCCUUCAUGCCGCCACAGCCGGUGGUGGCUACUACGCAAGUAGGUCAGAUUCAGCAUCCUGUGGCCAACGGGGUGACGGUUACGGGGAUGGAGGAGAGAGAACGUGCUGUCGAGGAGGUUUCUAAAACGGACGUGAUCAUGGGAGAAGAUUCUGGGGGGAACAUGGGCGAAGAGUCCGCAUGGAAAAUUCAAGGAAAUUUAAAUGUGGGCUCCGCAAUCAGUGUUGAUGCCGUUACCAAGGAGGGAGAUCACGAAAUUCUUGGUGAUUGGUUGGUGGUGACCAAGAAAAAACGGAAUCCUAAAAAUCAUGGGAAAUUAAUGAUUGAGGAAAAAGGUUUGAAGAAGGAAUUAACGGAUCCCAAAGCUAGUGCAUCACUUGGAGGAGACAAGGCUUUAAAAAAGACAAAGCCGUCGGGGCCCACACCAAUUAUGAAGAAGAAAGAGGAGAUGCACGUGAAAGUGGUUAUUUCCCUUAAGAUUGCUUCUGGUCACUCUAGCUGGGUUUGUUCGGGGGUUUACGCUAGUCCUAUUCCUCUCCAGCGGCGGUUAUUGUGGGAUCACCUUCGUGCUAUCGCGGGGAGUAUUCAGGAGUCGUGGGCUCUUCUUGGGGAUUUUAAUGACACAACUGGUGCUUCUGAGCAAAGAGGUGGGGUAUUCUCGUCUUCUCGGGCUCGGAUGUUCCUGGACAACAUUAACAGCUGCGAUUUAGUGGACAUAGGUGCGUCGGGUCUUCAGUUCUCUUGGUUCAGACGGUGUGCGGGAAGGUUGCCCAUUCACAAGCGUCUUGAUAGGGCUUUGGCGUCCUUGCUGUGGCGGACUACCUUUCCUGAGGGGGGGUUGGAAGUCCUGCCUAGGCUUCACUCGGAUCACAACCCUAUUAUUCUUCGUUGUGGGAAGAAAGUGGAGAGUCGUGGCCAGCGUCCUUGCAGAUUUGAAGCGGCUUGGAUGAUGCACCCUCAGUACAAAAAAGUAGUGGUUGAUGCCUGGGCUAAGGGAAGGCCGUGUGUUCCUAUUGCUCUCCAUGAGGUCCGAGAAGAUUCUGUGGACUUCAAUCGGAAAACGUUUGGGAAUAUUUAUCGGAGGAAAAAGCAUGUGGAGAAUUGCAUUGCUACUGUUCAAACUAAGCUUGAGACCGUAGACUCUAUUGCUCUUUUUCUCCAGCUUGAGGGGUUAAAGAAGGAGCAUAGUGACAUUCUAGCCCAGGAAGAGAUGCUUUGGUUCCAAAAAUCCUGGGAGAAGUGGGUCAAAUAUGGUGAUAGAAACACAACUUUCUUCCAUGCUCAAACAGUUAUCAGGAGGAAGAGGAACCGUAUCACGAGUCUCAUCCUUCCAGAUGGGUCGCGGUGUGAUGAUGCUGAUAGGUUCCAACAAGGAGCUAUUGACUUUUUUAAAUCUCUUUUUGCAGGUACUGUAGAUGUGGACACUACUUGUCUUCCCACACCGGAUUUGCCAGUCAUUCCGUCUGAGCAUGUCCCUCUUCUUGUUCAGGAGGUUUUUAAGGAUGAGGUCUUUGCGGCGCUGCAGCAAAUGGGCUCCUAUAAAGCUCCUGGUCCCGAUGGGUUUCAUGCUGCUUUCUAUAAGUCUUAUUGGGACGUCGUCGGGGACGAUGUCUUCUUGUACAUCAAAAAGGUGUUUGAAACGCAGCAGGUGGAUCCGGCGCUAGGGGAGACUCUUGUGGUUCUUAUCCCUAAGUGUGAUUGUCCGGCUUCGUAUAAGGAUUUUAGGCCCAUCAGCUUGUGCAAUGUCCUCUACAAGUUGAUUACUAAAAUUCUGGUGAACAGGAUCCGACCCAUUCUUAAUGAUAUCAUUAGCCCCAUGCAGAGUAGCUUUAUCCCAGGGAGGAGCACUAGUGAUAAUGCGAUUUCCCUUCAGGAGAUUGCCUAUCAUCAGCGGAAAGCUAGGAAGAAAGGGGGUAAUUUGGUUUUUAAACUUGAUCUUGAGAAGGCUUAUGACCGGGUUGACUGGAGGUUCCUUGAGGCGACUUUGGUGGCUUUUGGUUUCCCUGAGGCUUGUAUUAAUUUGAUUAUGAGGUGUGUGUCAGCUUCUCAAUUGUCUAUUCUCUGGAAUGGGGAGCGUAGUGAGACUUUCGCCGCCAAGAGGGGUCUGAGGCAAGGUGACCCGUUGUCUCCCUACCUGUUUGUCCUUUGUAUGGAGAGGCUGAGCUCGGCAAUAUCCUCCGCAGUCCUUCAGGGGAGAUGGGAUCCUAUCUGUACUGUGCGGAAUGGUCCAGGAUUAUCCCAUUUAUUUUUUGCGGAUGACGUUUUCCUCUUUGUGAAAGCUAGGAAUAAUCAAGUGAGAUUCUUGAAGACCCUCUUAGACACCUUUUGUCGUGCUUCUGGAAUGAAGGUGAAUGAGGCUAAGUCCAAAAUUCUGGGUUGUAAUGGCAUGAGCUUGCAGAAGAAGAACUGUAUAGCUGCCAUUGCCGGUAUCCAGUUUACGUCGGAUAUUGGUUGGUACCUUGGCUUCCCCAUCUUCCAACGUCGGGUUACCGCUAGGGACUUUGAGUAUAUUUUUGAUAGGAUAAAUGGCAGACUUGCUAGCUGGAAGAGUAAGCUUCUGAAUAGAGCGGGGCGCUUAACCCUUGCGCAAUCGGUAGUGUCCGCUAUGCCGGCCUAUUGCAUGAGCCAAGUGUGGGUGCCGCAAGGUAUUUGUGAUAGAUUGGAUGCUGUGGUGAAGAAUUUUGUGUGGAAGGAUAGGCAUGGUCGUGGGAUAAACUUGGUGGGUUGGGAUCGAAUUGCUCAGCCAAAGAAGUGUGGGGGUCUUGGUCUCAGGAAGGCGAGGGAUCACAACGUUGCGCUCUUGGGGAAGCAGGUGUGGCCGUUGGUGUCUGAUUGUGAGAAACCGUGGGUGAGUCUGAUGAAAGCAAAGUAUUUUCCAGGAGGGUGUUUCUUAUCUUCUGAGGCUAAACCAUGGUCCCCGGUGUGGCGUGCUUUCUUGAAGACGCGUGACAUAUUCCAUUCGGGUUUUGAGUUCCAAGUUGGGGAUGGCCAGUCAUCGCUUUGGUACCGUCCCUGGUGUUCCCCUGUUCCGCUGUGUCAAUUAGUCCCGUUUGUGGAUAUUCAUGAUAUCGAGCUUCGAAUCAGGGAUAUCUGGGAUAAUGGGGUUUGGAGGCUUGAGUGGCUGUGGACUCAGGUUCCGGGUCACGUAGGGAGCUUAAUCCGUCAGUUUCCGGCUAGGCUCAACGCGCGUGUGUGUGAUGGGGUGCGGUGGAAGGGCCACAUCUCGGGGAAUUACUCUACCAGCUCGGGCUAUAACUGGCUUCUAGAGAGCAGAGGUAUUCUAGGGCAUGGCUCCUUGGAUUCAGGGUCGAGUUGGGGUUGGAUUUGGCGUCUCAAAGCUCCGCUUAAGUGUAUUAUCGUCAUCUGGUUAGCGUGUCAUAAUGCUUUACCUACGAAUGAGUGCAGAUUCCGGCGGGGAAUGUCGCCUGAUGCGGUGUUUCGGCUGUGUAAUACCGGGGAUGAGAUAGUGCUGCACUGUCUUAGAGACUGCUCUCGGGUUCAAGACGUUUGGAGGCGUUUGGGCUUUGAUACGGUGGGGAACGUGUUCUCGGUUAUGGAUUCCAAGGUGUGGCUUCGUAGCUUGUUGCAGAACUCGGAUCCUACGGCGGUGGCUACUCUUUGGUGGAUUUGGAGGAGACGCAACACCUGGUGUAUGGAAAUGCAGUGGCUUCCUUGUCGGGUCCUUGAUUCGAACAUCUCUAGCUUGGCCAUGGAGUUGGUAAGCGCGUUUACAGGUCUGGAGACAGGUCACCAGGGAUCGCCUAGAUUGGUUCAGUGGUUGCCAACGCUUCCGGGUAGUGUCGUUCUUAAUGUGGAUGGCAACGUCCGGGAUGUGCCUAGUCGUGGUGGAUUAGGUGGUUGUUUCCGCAGCACUGAGGGGCAGUGGAUGGGUGGUUUCUUUGGCUAUCGAGAUGAUGCGUGUAUUCUUCAUCUUGAAUUACUGAGAAUCCAUCAGGGCUUAACUCUUGCGUGGGAGCGAGGGUAUCGAGUUGUUGAGUGUCAAUCUGACUCUUUAGAUGCUGUGAACCUUAUUUUGUCUGUGCCUCCUUCCAGACAUCUAUAUGCGUCUUUGAUUUGGGAUAUUAAGGAUCUCAUAUCUAGGACUUGGAUGGUGAAGCUUCUUCAUACUUUGCGUGAAGGGAAUGCGUGCGCAGAUUUUCUAGCUAAGCAUGGCGCGAGUCAGAAUAAAGCCUUGGUGUUGGUUGAGCAGCCAGUGGCAGCCUUGGGUUUGCUUCUCCUUGCGGAUGCAGCGGGUGUCUCCUUUGUGAGGCCUUAG